AUGGAGGCUGAUAAAAUCAAGAAGAAAUUGAAUGGCUCUAUUCUUAAGGGCCGCAAGUUCAAAGUCGAGUCUGCUCGUCCGCAAAAACGACAGGCCGAGGAGGAAGAUGUCACACCGAGCGACAAACCCUCUCCAACCAAGAAGUCAAAAAAACAAAAAGCGGAGGAAAAUGUCCUGGAUGGUUAUGAGUUGCCGUCAGGUCGCAAAGUGAAGCGAGGCUGGACCGAGUCCUCGGGGGAUAAAACCGAACGGCGCAAAAAGGAGAAGAGGUCCAGAGACAAGCAAGAGAAGAAGGCCAAAACGCAGCUCAAGUCAAAAUACACUGAGAAGCCGGAAUGUCUGUUCCGGACAAAGGUGCCGCCGAAUAAGUCGGCAACGGCGGAUGAGAAAAUAAAGAAACAAUCCAAGAAGAAGAACAAGGCGGCGCCGGAGGCUGUUGUGCACGAAUUCUCCCAGACAAUGACACAUCCAACGUUCUUACGUGCAGAUGAUAGCGGUAAGGCUGUUACUGUCAGUUACGAACAGGAUAAAGGCUGGGUUGAUGAGUCCGGAAACCUCAUGGAACCCGCCAGUGAGCGGGUCAGGAAAGAUCAGCACAGGCCGGGGCAGGUUGCAGGUCACAAAGAAAAGGCGAAGAAGGUCAAUACCGAGUCCACCAAAAUCAAGUCCAACAGCAACAGCACAGAGCCUAAAGAAACAGAGUCAACGGAAUCGGAAGAUUGGACGUCGUCCAGUGGCUCAUCAUCGGAGUCCGAGCUUACGGACUCGGAAACCGAGGAUAGCGCCUCUUCUACCUCGUCUGAGGUGUCCGAAGCGUUCGGAUCAGCAAAAGAGCCGCAGCAGAAUGCCACUUCCGAACCUGAGUUCAGAGCGGAAUCCGGGGCAUCGCCUAAAGGGAAGUUGACCGAAGCAGCCCUCCAGCAGGUGUCAACAGAAGUUCACCCUCUAGAAGCUCUCUUCAAGAUAUCCGCUGACCAGCAAAAACCUGAUAUGGAGCCUCCGACCCAGUUUAGCUUCUUUGGGCAGGGAAACACUGAUUCUGAAGAGGAAGACGCGGCGCCGUCAAAUACAGCACCCCUUACCCCAUUCACGAAGAGAGAUCUACAGGAUCGUGGUCUACGGAGUGCGGCUCCUACACCUGACACGUCUCAAGUCUCAAAGAUCAUCAAUUGGAACACUCCCGAUCCCUUGAAGAACCCGGAUGAGGAGGAUUAUUCGCUUGCAUAUAGUCCAGUACUCAAGCCGGGUGUCGGUCCAGCGAAAGAGGAAUCUGACUUUGCCAAAUGGUUUUGGGAAAACCGAGGGGAUAACAACCGUGCUUGGAAGAAAAGAAGGCGAGACGCGGCCAAGGAACAGAGGCAGAGAGAGAAUCGCAGGAAAGGGAUGAAGGGGAAAUCAUAG